CUGUCAUACGGCGACUGCGUCUGUUCAAUACAGCAUAUCUUGGAAAAGUAAUAUUAACUAUGACCGCGCUCGUCAAACACCCAUCUUUCUCUCCCAUUCCACCACGCUCCUCUGGUGGACUCCAUCUCGCUGACCUCUAGAGUCGCUCUCACCGCUAGGACAAUUCAGCAUGAAACUACAGUUAUCCACCCUCACGGCCGGAUUCUUCUCUAUAGCCAGCCUCGACGCAGCCUCCGCGUCUCAGUGCCGUUGCGUAUAUGGACAGUCCUGCUGGCCGAGCGAUUCCGACUUCUCCCAGCUCCAGUCUCUCCUCUCCCAGCCUCUCCUCUACCCCAAACCCACCGCCUCUCAAUGCUACUCCACGUCAGGCGCAUCGAGUGACUGCAGCGACGUCAUCGCGAACUACACCAACGGCCCCUGGCGUUCGGACAUGGUCGGCAGCAUGGAGGCUCCCAAUUGGGAGUCGUACAUCUUCCAGAAUGGCACCAUCGCGGCUUGCUAUCCAGAGACGAACAUCACGGGUGCAUGUGACCAGGGAAAUGUGCCCGUUAUCGCCGUGGACGCGCGCACGCCUGCGGACAUCCAGGCUGCGGUCAACUUCUCGGUGACGCAUGACCUGCGGAUGGUCGUCAAGAACACUGGACACGACUUCAUUGGGCGAAGUG